AUGCAAAGUUCAAUUGGAACAAUUUAUUACAGCAACCCUCCUCGAGAUUUAGAAAAGGGAGAUUGGAACGGCGAUACAGUAAAUAAUACAACGGAUUUGCUUUCAGCAGAGGAAUGUAGAAAUAAAUUCAGUAAUUUCAUAAAAAACUUUAAUCAAAGUGGAGAUUAUAUUUAUAGAGAAAUGCUAAUAAAUAACGUUUCUAUUGGUGAAUACACACUUAGGCUUGAGCUUCACCACCUUAGUAUUGACGAGGUUUCUUGCUCGGAAAUCGGAGAACAUACAGAAAAUGCCAGUUAUGAUGGGAGUCUUAUAAAUGGGCGUGAAAAUGACUCUGAAAACUUCCAUAACGGUGUCAGGAAUAACGAGUUAUCCUGUUUAAUUAAAUGCUUCAAGAAUGCGCCACUAAAAUACAUUCCAAUUUGUGAAGGGGCAUUAAAGAGAGUUUAUUUAGAACUAGUGGGAAAACAUAAAAAGGAAAUAACUGAAGAAGAGAUUAAUCGUUUGGUUCCAGAUAUACAAUUACAAAUAGUCUCUAAUCAAGAGCCAACAUUAAUUAGGGAUCUUAAAAGUAAUGUUAUGGAAAAGCUAGUCACUGUUCCUGGAAUUGUUAUUCAAUCUUCAAAACCUCAAAAAAAAGCUUCUAAACUUAAGAUUUUAUGUCGCCAGUGUAAGGGUACCAGAAACAUAGCUAUUCCUAUUUGGCGCCAAGGUACAAUACUACCAAGAGUUUGUAAUACUGCCCCAAUAGGUGAGGCACCAAAGUGCCCAUUAGAUCCAUACUUUACUCUUUCUGACGAGUCAGAAUAUAUUGAUAUACAAAGUAUGAAGUUCCAGGAACUUCCUGAGCAUGUUCCUACCGGAGAUAUUCCUCGACAUAUAUCAUUACAUAUGACUCGUGGGCUUGUAGACAAAGUAAUUCCAGGAAAUAGGCUUUAUGUUGUAGGUGUGCUUUCUUCUACAGAUAAGGAAUCAUCGAAAGUUCACUCUAAUAGUAGAAAUGGCUCUCUUAGAACUUCUUAUUUAUAUGUCAUCGGCGUAAUGAAUUAUGGAAGUAAUUGGUCUAGUAAAAACACAAAAACUUUAAUGAGAAGCUCAUCAAUGAGUAACCAAUACAAUGAAAUAGAAGAGUUUCGUCGCAUUUCGUCUUUACCAAAUAUUCAUGAGCUAAUUGUUAACAGUAUUGCCCCCGCAAUUUAUGGGAAUGAAACAAUUAAGCAGGCUAUAGCGUGCUUACUUUUUAGCGGAAGUUCGAAAUGUUUACCUGAUGGUAACCGAAUAAGAGGUGAUUUAAAUAUUUUAUUGCUUGGAGACCCCUCAACAGCAAAGUCUCAGCUUUUAAAGUUUGUAGAACAGGUUGCCCCAAUUUGUAUUUAUACAUCUGGUAAGGGAAGUAGUGCCGCCGGUCUCACCGCUGCAAUUGUCAGAGAUCAUGCAAAUGGCGUGUAUGCACUAGAAGGUGGAGCUAUGGUACUUGCUGAUGGGGGAGUUGUUUGUAUAGAUGAGUUUGACAAAAUGCGUGAUGACGACCGUGUAGCAAUUCACGAAGCUAUGGAACAACAAACAAUAAGUAUUGCAAAGGCGGGAAUUACAACCAUUUUAAAGGCCAGAUGCUCUGUAUUGGCUGCUGCAAACCCAACGUUUGGGUCUUAUGACGAUAGUAAAGACCUAACACAGCAGCAUGACUUCGAGUCAACUAUUCUAUCUAGAUUUGAUCUCAUCUUCUUAUUAAAAGAUGAAAAAAAUGUUGAUAGAGACAGGCUUAUAGCUUCGCACAUUGUUGAAUUGCACUCUGGUUCUAAUGGAAAGACAAAUGUUAGUAACUCAGAAUCCACGGGAUCGCUCCAGUUUGAGUUACUGCAAAAGUAUAUCAAUUAUUGCCGAGAGUUUGUCCACCCACGUUUAUCUCUGGAUGCUGCUGCUAUAUUAGAAAACUUUUAUGUUCAAAUAAGGGAGGACAAUCGUGAAAAGACGAACAAAGCAAAUAAGGAGAGAAUACCAAUAACGGUAAGGCAAUUAGAAGCCAUUACUAGAAUUGCAGAAAGCUUUGCAAAGAUGGAAAUGCAGGUCAUUGCAAACGAAAAACAUGUUGAAAUGGCUAUUAAACUAUUCAAAAACGCAACAAUAGAAGCAAUCAAAUCAAACAUUCUGUUACUUGACAAUUUAUCACCAGCAGAACAAUCUGCGAUAAUUGACGCGGAAGUUGCCAUAAAAAAUAGGAUUCCAAUUAAGGCGAGAGCAGGGAAGACUACGAUAAUUAAAGACUUGGUGUUAGUUGGAUAUGACCCAUAUUACCUAUCAAAAGCAAUGAAAAUCCUCAUCCAGAAGGGUGACUUGAUUGAGAGAUCGGACUUCUCUAUAUUCAGGGUUAAAUAG